AUGUCAAGCAUAACAACAGUGAUCAGACACUCCGGUUUUUGGAAUGAACAUAAUUGCUUUGUUGAUUACAAACUAGACGCAGUUGUCUUCAAAGAUUAUUGUUCAUACGGUGAUUUGGUUGAAACUAUAGCAAUUCAGUUAGGUGUUGAUAUUAGCAGGAAAACGAUAUCAAUAAAAUAUGCUGUUGAAGGAGACAACAUGCCAAUUGAAAUACGCAACAAUAUGGGUGUAAGGGUGUAUGUUGAGCUUAAGAGAGAAAACAGGGGAUUUGAAGCAUAUCUGUUGUGUGUUAGCAUAACUGAUAAUGAUCUUGAGAAUUUUAUGUCCGGCGAAUCUGCAGUUGGAGACGAUAUGUUUCAACUUGAAUUUAAUGAUUAUAUGUAUGCUAUAAACGUAGUUGAUUCAAAUGAUUUGGAUGCGUCGGAUUGUGCUAAGGUUGUUGUUUUAUUUCAAAACAACGAUGACUUGAUAAUUUCGAACAAGGAACAUAAAGAUGUUUUUGUUGAUCAAAUCUACAAAGAUAAGGACACUCUGAAGAAUGUUAUGGCGAAUUAUGCAAUUCGCAAAAGAUUCAAUUUCAGGACAGAGAGGUCGAAUGUCGUAAGUUACACUCUGGUAUGUUGUUCAACUGAUUGUCGUUGGAAAUUCAGAGCUUCAAGUAUAGCGAACUCUGAAAUGUUCAGAGUGAGAUCUUUUCAUGACGAACAUACGUGUCCAUUGAAGGACAAAGUGUAUUCCCAAAGGCAAGCAACAAGUUGGUUGAUUGGUGCGUCAGUUGUUAAGCCAAAAAUAGCAAAUCACAAGAGGAAAUAUACACCUGGUGAUAUAGUAGACGACGUAAAAAAUGAGUAUGGCGUUGAUGUUUCUUAUAUGACGGCCUGGAGGGCUAGAGAAAAGGCAAUGAAUGAAUUAAGAGGGGAACCAACAGAAUCAUACAAGAAGUUACCGGGAUAUGUCUACAUAUUGGAUAAAACAUACCCUGGAUCACAUGUGAGAAUACACAAAUCACAACAAAACGAGUUCUUGUAUUUGUUUAUAGCACUUAAAGCGUUCAUAAAAGGCUUCGAGUGUUGUAGACCAAUAGUUGUAGUAGAUGGUUCCCACCUUAAAACUACAUAUAACGGUACUUUUGUAUCAGCCAGCACGUUGGAUGGUGCAGUUCCAAUAUGCUUUAUGCUAUAUUUCACUGUAAUAAUACACAAAAACAUGUAUGUGCAGUUCAAACAAGCUUAUGGGAAUAGGGAUAACAUGUGUGUUGUAUCAGACAGACAUGAGAGCAUCAUUAAGGCGGUGAGUAGAGUGUAUCCAACUGUGCCACAUUUGGCGUGCAUAUGGCAUUUAUGGAAAAAUGUGACCACGAAAUACAAGUCGAAUGGUGAAGUAUUGAGUCCUGUAUUCUAUGCACUUGCAAAAGCAUACACACAGGCUGAGUUUGAUAAGCUGAUGGAGAAGAUUGAGAAGGUUGAUUUUCGGGUAAAAGAGUACUUGGAGGAUGCUGGAAGGGAAAAGUGGGCUCGACUGUAUUCACCCGUUAACAGAGGAUGGACAAUGACGUCAAAUAUAGCCGAAUGUAUUAAUGGAAAAUUGGUAGCAGCAAGAGAGUUGCCGGUUUUCGAUUUUCUUGAAGAAGUGAGGAAGAUGUUUGGGAGAUAG